GCCACAAACAAGUGUGGAUGGAGGUGAGAUAGGGACUUCAUGACGUCAUAGAGGGACAGAUCAGGUUUAUGCUCUGCAGCUGACUGUAGAUAUGCAUUAGCACUCUGUCUCCCUCAACCUCAGCAUCCACCUGCUCCUACAGCUCGAACGGUGAUCAUGGACUCCAACAAAGUGGUGGAACACAUCUACCUCCUGGUCAUCGUCACGCUCAUCAGCGUACUUCAGAAUGCAUUUUUUGCCCAGAAGGUAGAGAGGGAAUGCAAGAGUCAUAAGAGCCACACAUCUUCUUUUGAGCGAGUGUCUUGUGCCAAUCGGAACUGCAUGGAUGCUUAUCCCACUUUCCUGGCAGUGAUGUGGUGUGCCGGUCUGUGUCUCAGUCAAGCUCCUGCUGCCUUUGCCGGGAUCAUCUACCUUAUAGUCAGGCAGAAGUACUUUGUUGGAUACUUGGGACAAACCUCUCAAAGCACCCCAGGCUACCUGUUUGGAAAACGAAUCAUCUUCUUCCUGUUUCUGAUGUGCAUCGUGGGCAUCUUCAACUACCUGCUGCUGCGCUACUAUGGCAGCGACUACAGAGAAUAUGUCCAAACCAUCACGAGCGCUGCAUCUGCUCUUCUCCUCAUCCCUUAGUCCAGUUUGUGUCACCUGGCAACAACGCUUACCCACCCAAUUUACCUUUUAACUGAUGAAAACUGUUGAAUUAAAACAUGGUAAUCUUUCUGUUUGUUUCGUAAAAGGGCAUUUAUUGUAAUUGACUUUGGUAAAAAAUAAAAACUUCUGAAGA